GGGGGUCCCUGUGGUGGGAGUCCCGAGGGUUAUUUCCCAUACUGCCCCACUCGAUGCGGAGGCUACCGCGCAAGCGUGGUGGUGCCAGUACAGGAAAGCUCCGUAAGCCGGAUGAAGUAUCGGCGUUUUGGUCUUCCAUCAAAAUUGCGAACUAAAACGCCUCAAAUACUAAACGAUCUAACCCCAUUACCUCGCUGAAUCCCAAGUAGUAUUAUCUAGCAAUUUGUAGUGUUUAGACCAUUGCGUGCGACGAAAUGCACUAAUAAUGUUUUGAUGCAUAAUCGAAGACGUGAGAAAGAAGACACGGUAGAAAUUCCAUUCAAUGUUGAUGUUAAUACUGUACACCGGCUUCGCCUUGUAGAAUCACACAUCGAUAGACUGGCAAAGGAAUAACAAGUCUAGAAGUUAACCAUGGCUGGUCUCGGCUCUCCCCAAGCACAUGGACCAUGGGUGAUUGCACCGGAAGAGAGGACUAAACACGAAGCGACCUUCCAUUCUUUAAAGCCGUCUUGUGGAUUUUUAUCUGGUGAACAAGCCAAGCAGUUUUUUCUCAAGUCCAACCUACCUGCCAUGGUCCUAGGAAAAAUCUGGAGCUUGUCUGACAUAGACAGGGAUGGCAAAAUGACAAUGCAAGAGUUUACCAUAGCCAUGCACUUGAUACAAAAUAAACUAAAGGGCGUUGAGCCCCCAUCUGUACUACCCAACACUCUAAAGAUGACAUCCCUCCCUAGCACUUUCAAUAGGAAUCAACCAACCGCAAGUCCACAAUACAGCCCGAGUGGUGUUCCUAGCGGAAUAUCUAAUGGGUUUAGCUCCAUGACUCUACCAAAGGCCUGUUUGAGCACAAUGUCUGGUACAAUGACUCUACCAAAAUGUUCUGGAAUUUCCUGGUCUGGCGUGAGUCAGCCUGCAGUGUCAGGAUUUGGAGUAUCUGGACUGAACCAGCCAGUUUCAAGUUCUGGGUUUGGAAUGGGACUCCACCAGCCACCCAAACCACCAGUGUUUGGAAUGGGGUUUAAUCAGCCUGGUAAUACACCCACGUCAGGAUUUGGUGGCCAGGCAAUGAGUGGUAUAGGACUAGGAACAUUAAAUGUCAGCUUGGGUGGUUAUGGUACGACAACAACCAAUAUGGGAAUGCCUAAUGGUCCAGGCAUUAUGGCGAGUAGUGUUCAAGGUCAGUCAGCAACUUCAGGGACGGGGCUCAUGGGUGUUGCCCCUCUUGCUGGACAGACAGGGAGUACUAUGACCUCUAUUUCAUCAGUAGCAAGACUAAAGUAUACCCAGAUGUUCAAAGCGCAGGAUUUCAAACAGACUGGAUUCUUGUCUGGAGAGCAAGUGAGAAGCAUGUUAAUACAGUCUGGACUACCCCAACCAUCUUUGGCACUAAUAUGGAAAUUAUCUGAUGUUGACAAAGAUGGCCAGUUAAAUCAAGACGAGUUUAUUCUUGCCAUGCAUUUUGUUGACAUGGCAAAACUUGGCCACACCCUCCCACUAGUCGUCCCCCCUGAACUCCUGACACCCGCCAUGCAGACAGCCAGCCGCCAGCAUAGCGAUAGCAUGAGUAGUAAUGACGGUCGAGAGCGAUCUGGAAGCAACCUUAGUAUUGAUGGCCGUUCAAGGUCUGGUAGCACCACAGAUGACAAGAGAACUAUUUUUACAUUUGAAGAUAAAAGAAAACAGAACUUUGAGAAAGGGAGACUAGAGCUUGAAAAACGAAGACAGGACCUGCAAGACAAAUUGAAACGCGAAAAAGAGGAACGUGAGGCUAAGGAGAGGGCAGAGGAAGAAAGGCGUCAGAGGGCAAAGAUGGAGGCAGAGCAGAGGAGGCAGGCAGAGUUAGAGAAGCAACGGCAACAGCAAAUGGAGAUGGAGAGGGAGCAAGAGGUGCUACGGAAACAGAUGAUCCAACAGAGACUCCAAGCACAGAUAGAAGCUGAGCGACAGCGGCAGAAGGAAUGGCAGAAGAGGAAGGUUGAAGAGUUGCUGAACCAGAAAGGGCUUGAACAGGAUAUUGUUAACAAUCUCAAACAGAGGCUAAAAAAAUUGGAAGAGGAGCUGGCCACUGUGGUUGGCAAAAAGGCUUCUGUGCAGAUGAGUUAUGACCAAGAGCAGAGGGCCUGUCAAGAUGCCAAAACCGCCUUGAACAAGGUCACCACAAAUAGGGACAUGAGAGUAUCAGAUAUCAGCAGGGUGCAGUGUGAUAUUAAGGAAUACCAGCAACGUAUUACAGCCCUUUCUAAUGAGCGUGAGCGGGUGGCGCUAGAGAUGAAUAAGAGAGACACAAGCACACUAGCAGAAGCCCAUGGUAAUGCUAUGGCAAGCCUCAUUGAUACGAAAGGCACCAUCCGGAGGCUACAGGCCACUCAGACUACCAUGGAAAAGACUUUAGAGGAGAGGCUGAAAGAAGUGGAUAACCUUAACAAUCAACUCAAGGAAAUAAAGACAAGUGUCCAAAACACGACAGCAGAAAACAGCCGUCUCCAGCAUAUGGCAGAGGCCAAACAGCGGGAGCAUGUGCUGUGGAGGCAGCGUAAGGAAGAGGAGGAGAGGGCGCGAAGGGAAAUGGAGGCAAGGCGCCGUAAGGGGGAAGAGGAGGCACGCAGACAGAAGGAGCGAGAGCUUGAGGCAAUGAGGCAAGAGCAGGAGCGGCAGAAGAAGGACCAAGAACUCCGCCGCCGCAUGCAGGAAGCAAGGGAAGCUGAGGCACGCCAGAAAGAACAGCAACUCCUUAACAAAGACAAGAUCGUGGUACAACAACAGCAGAACCUUGUUAACAAACAGCCUAACCUACCGGCCUGGCGGACAGAACCCGAGGGGGGAGGGGGUGAGGCCAAUAUGGGCAAGGUCUUGAAGAUUGAGGAGAAGUUUAAUCUGGAAAAAGUUGAGAAAGCACCCCAGCUGCAAGAACCCAUGCCAAGACCUCGACCACGAGCUGUCAAGAAGCCGCUUCAGUACUAUCGUGUACUGUACGCAUUUGAGCCACGUAACCCGGAUGAGAUAGAAGUUAACGAGGAUGACAUUGUUACUGUUGACCAUGAUAACUGCACCGCGCCCCUGGGCUGGCUGAGGGGCAAGUGUCAUGGCAAAACAGGGCUUUUCCCAGCAAAUUAUGCAGAGAAAAUCAGUGAAGAGGAGGCCAAGCAAGCACAGUCCCCCGGCACUACCCCACUGGAGCCAGAAAAGCCCCAUCUAGAAGUAUCAGUCAAGUCAUUGGCGGCUUCCAUUAGUCAGCAGCUUGUAGGCGGUCAACAGGCUACCAGCCGUUCAGAGACAGCAGUGACUGCGAAACCACCAAUCACUGAGGGACCCAAGUCUGGAGGUGGUUCCCUCGCACCCCAGGGCUUGACCGCAAUUGCCCUUUACCCUUACCGGGGCAAGAAGGACGACAUGCUGUCCUUCAACAAGAACGAUAUAAUCGCUAUCAAGGAGCAGCAGGACACGUGGUGGUCAGGCGAGCUGAACGGCAAGAUAGGGUGGUUCCCUAAGACAUACGUCAAGUUGACAAGCACUGCUGUCAAAACGACUGGGUCUUCGAGCAGUAAUAUAUCGACCACACCCACUCCUACUCCGCCCUCCGAGCCACAGUUAGCCCAAACGGAGGAUCUACCCAUUCUUUUUGAAUGUGUCGCGCUGUACACUUAUAAUGGCGAGGAAGGUGACCUUAGCUUUAAGGAGGGCGACGUCAUCGGUAUCACUAAGGACGAGGGGGAAUGGUGGGAGGGGAGACUACGGGAGAACUACGGACUCUUCCCUGCAAACUACGUCAAGAAGAAAGAGGCAGAGGUACCUGUUGCUGCUCCAAGAUCGAAACCUGAAAUCGCGACAGUGGUUUCUCCGUACACUGCGAUUGCCGCUGACCAGCUAAGCCUCGCCCCAGGUCAACUCAUACGUGUUACUCGGAAAGACCCCAGUGGAUGGUGGGAAGGCGAGCUACAGGCUCGCGGCAAGAAACGCCAGAGCGGGAUCUUUCCAGCCAAUCACGUGAAGAUCCUCGCCAAGGGACCAGGAGGCAGCCAAUCAGGAUCCAGCACAUCCACGCAGCAGCCACCUGAGGGGGGGAAUAUUUACGAGGUUCCCAGCUCACUUGUUAGCGCAACACAAGGUCGACUGGAGCAAGUCCUGGCGAUGUUUCCUUACACGGCCCAGAAAGGAGACGAGCUAACAUUCUACAAGGGCAGCGUCAUCAAUGUCAUGAGUAAAGAUGGAGAGUGGUGGAAAGGAGAGCUGAAUGGACAGGUCGGCAUGUUUCCGUCCAACUACGUACAGUCACUUGGCGACCUUCCAGCGAGCACCAAACAAUGGACUGGUUCAUUCGACGCUGCCAUCCUCGCUUCCAUGUCUGACACUGAGCGCAUGCGCCAGAAUGCUAUCUACGAAUUGAUUAAUUCAGAACAAGCGUACAUGGACCAGUUAAGCCUUACUCUUGAGGUGUUUUACAACCCUCUAGCGGAGUCUGGGCUUUUGACGGCAAACGAAAUGAACACUAUCUUUGUCAACUGGAAAGAAAUUAUCCAUUGUAACAUGAAACUGUUAAAGGCGUUCCUUGUCCGUAAGAAGAUGCAGAAUAAUGGGAUGAUCGUGAUGAUCGCAGACCUUAUGUGCGAACAGCUCCCCCACUUGACUCCAUACGUCCGGUUCUGCAGUCGCCAGCUGAAGGCGUGUCAACUGAUUCAACAAAAAAUCGAGACUUCAUCGGAAUUCAAACAAUUAGAAAAGAAAUGUUGUUCAGAUCGUCGCGCAAGUGGUCUUCCACUUAGUAGUUACCUACUCAAGCCUCUUCAGAGAAUCUGUAAAUACCCUCUACUUAUUAAAGAGAUUCUGAAGCAUACCCCAGAUAUCCACCCAGACCGAAUGAACCUCGAAAUCGCCCUCGAAAAGGCCGAAGAGCUUUGUAACCAGGUCAACGAAGGCGUUCGGUCCCAGGAGAACUCUGACAGGCUGGAAUGGCUACAGAACCACGUCAAACGAGAGGGACUGGGCGAGCAACUGAUAUUCAACUCGGCCACUAAUUGCCUCGGGCCACGAAAGCUCUUGCACUCGGGAACAUUGUUUAAGGUUAAGAGCGGCAAGGAGCUGAAAGCGUUUCUCUUCAAUGACUUUUUACUGCUGACCAGGCCUCAAAGUACGAUCACGGGCACCCUUUCCAAGAAAAUAGGAUUUGAAAGUAACGAUGCGUCCAUCCAGUACACUAUAUAUAGAAAGCCUAUUUUUCUUAACGAAGUUGUCGUCAAAAGGCCUGCGGAUAUGAACAGUGAAGAACCCGUGUUUUCGGUGUCCCACAUCGAUCGCGUUUACACGUUCAAAGCCGAGUCCAAGGGUGACAGGAAUCGAUGGAUUGAGAAACUCGAGAAAGCCGCUGAGCACUAUAUUGAGACUGAGCGAUUUAUGAGACAAAAGAUGCAUAGAACUCGAUCUAUUCGUACGUCGGGCAUCGGCAAACUUGUGGUUACGAUAGUGGAGGGUGUGGAUCUCAAGUCAUCGGACCCGAGUGGUAUGAGCGAUCCGUACUGUGAAGUAAGCAUGGGGAGCCAGGAGCACAAGACGCGCGUCUGCCCUCAGACUCUCAACCCGAAAUGGAACUCGACCAUGACCUUCACAGUCAAGGACAUGGAGCAAGAUGUGCUUUGUAUCACAGUGUUCGACAGGGACUUCUUCUCACCAAACGAUUUCUUGGGUCGUACGGAAGUCAGUCUUGCAAGUCUGUUAAAGAAAGGCAAGGGACCGUGGCACGAGAGGCUACUUCUACACGAGGUCACUACGGGCGAAGUGCUGGUUAAACUGGAGCUACAUUGACUCACAGGGGACAAGUGACUUGUGGGAGAGGUCAUAGUAACAUAGGAGCUACAAUGGCAAGUUACGUGCAGGGGGGGAUUUUAGUCAAAUUGGAGCUACAAUGACAAGUUACGCGCAGGGUAGGUCUUAGUCAAGUUAGAGCUGCCGUGACAAGUGACUUACAGGGGAGGUCUUAGUCACAUUGGAGCUACAAUGGCAAGUUACGUGCAGGGGAGAUCUUAGUCAAAUUGGAGCUGUCGUGACAAGUGACUUGUUGGAGAGGUCUUAGUCAUAUUGCAGCUACUGUGAUAGUGCCUCCCCGAGAAGGUCUUAGCCUCAAAGGAGAGGUCUAAGUCAUAUUGGAGCUACCAUGACAAGUGACUCACAGGGGAGGUCUUAGUCAUUUUACAGCUUCUGUGACAAGGUGGCUUACAGCUCGCCUUAGUCAUCUUUGAGUACUGGUAACACAGGGAUGUCUUGUUUUGUCCAUACUAUCUUGAGGAAGGCCUCAGAAGAACCAUUAUUAAGAACCUACAAAUGGAUAGCUUAACACUAUUCACACACUCACAGCCCUAGUGAUAGAUAGACCAGGCGGGAACCACAGAGACCUAACAGUAGACAAUAUGGACCUUAUACAAUGAUAGCCUCUACAACAUUGAACUGGGAAUUUGGUGAGGAAAAAGUAGACCAGGAAUUUCUUGCUUUAGAGCUCCAUGCCAUCUUUCCAGUGCAAACAGUAAAACCAUGAAGAACUGAAAUAUCUGUGGCAUGUUUUUUGACUUCUGACGAAUCAGACACAAGAAUUCAAACACUGUAAAUUAUUAGAGACAUUUAGCAUUGCGUUUUCAGUUUUUUAUCGCGAAUUGCCGUUACCGGUUUGCUGUUUGACGUACUGGCGAAAUCAUAGUGUAGCACAUUUGGCGGGAAAAAGUGCAAAACAUGUGCUCGACUUCAACCAAGCCAAAAAGAUUAGUAAUAGUAAAGAAUCAAAUUAUAAAGAACGCUAAUUCAUGGUUUCUAACAUGAGCUCAUAAAAAAAAAAUGAGGGGAAAACUGCCGAGGUAAAUCACUUGCCGCUAGACGGUGCUCCUGAGAUCAAAGCGCGAAACGCAGACUGCAAACUUGACGCAAGGCCUUGUCACGUGCCACCCAGAGGUUUGACGUUUCCGAGAAAAAAAAACGCAGUGCUAAAUGUCUCUAUUGAGACAUCUUUUAAUGUGUGAAGAAACAUUCUACACAUAUUUGCAGUGUUCACGGUUUUACUGAUUGUGCUAGGUGACAACCUAUCCUUUGUUUUUAACUCUCAACUGUGAAGGACCUACCCUGGUACCAAAGCUUCCAGACUUCUCUUGCCCAGUGACGCUCAGACAAAAUGCCGAGACAAGGGCGGGUAGGAGAGAGAAGUCUGGAGGCCUUGGUACCCAAGGUAUGAAGGUCCCACCAUCAAAGCAGUAUUAAGAAAAGCCCUACUAUGGCAUAACUUUUUUCCAUCUAAAUAAAACUAUAGCAACACAAUAUUACAGACAUUUUUAGUCUUGUAUGUUUGAACUCUGAGUCAAACUAUUUGUGAUUUGUAUCAAUGCAUCAUUUUUUGCAAACAUGUUUAUUCCUGACCAAAAGUAGAAAACAAUAAAUGAACAAGUUAAACGGUUUAUAUUAGAAAAGGUAUUUGUUAAUUACAUACAAAAUGAAUGUACACACAGAGAUAACCAUAAAUGAACAAAUUGAAGAAAUUUGUUAAAUAAAACACAAUUGUACAUACAAA